AUGGUACAGAAAUACACUAAAUGUCUCCUAUCAGAAAAAGACCACAGGUCAGUGCUGAGUGAAGGGCUUCCUGGUGUCGUCUUUGCAGAGACUUACACAGUUGCUGAGGGAAAACACUUCACAGGAGAAUGUUGGUUUAAUUUGGCUGGAAGUAAAACACUCUUCUGUAAAAAUGACUGUAAUAAAAAAAACAUUUUGGUGGAGACUUCAGGAAACAGAGCUGAGAAGAACAGAUACAGUAUUGAAUAUGAUAAAAAGACCAACAUAGUGACAGUGGGAAUCAAGAAUGUGCAGCUCUCUGACUCAGGACAAUAUCUGUGCAAGUUGGAAAGGUUUUUGUCUGAGACCUGGUGGCCUAUUGAUGGCACCAGUGAAUUUAAGAUUGAAGUCACUAAAGCUCGUUCACCAGUGAAAUCUACUACUCCUCGUGUCCCUCCUGUGAUCCAAACCACAACUGCUGUCAGACCCACACAUAGUCCUGGUCCUAAUCCUGGUCCAAGUCCUAGUCCAGAUCCAGACUGUGGCACCACCAUCAGACCUGAACAUGAACAACAGUCUGAGGUUGUACAUGGCUCUUCACAAACAGGUUCUCUGCUGUACAUUGGAGUGAGCCUUGUGGUGAUUGUGCUGCUCUUCUCAGUCGCUCUUUUACUAUUUUACUGCAAAAAGAAAGAAAACCAGCCCAAAGAGUGUCCAGUGAACAGAGAGUUUGGGGAAGUUCCAGAGGGGGACAGGGAGUACGAGGAGGUGCCGGAGCGACAGGUCCAGAGCACAUCUGACUGGGGUUCUGACGUUUACAGUUUGGCCUCAGCUCCAGCUCACACACAGGGGGACAGGGAGUACGAGGAGGUGCCGGAGCGACAGGUCCAGAGCACAUCUGACUGGGGUUCUGACAUUUACAGUUUGGCCUCAGCUCCAGCUCACACACAGGUGGACUCAGUGCUGUACUCUGAGGUGACACACUUCAGCAGAAACAGCGCCCUCCACAGUCGGGCUGAGGCAGUGGUCUACUCUGCAGCACAAACUCAAGACACUCCACUGUACUCCACCAUUUCUGCUCUGCAAUAAUAGUGAAAGGUCCCACAUUAUGCUCUAUAUCCACAUUAUAUCUUUACAUUCAUUCU